GCCCUAUGCUUUCACUUUAGUUUAGCUCAGCAAAGGAAGUGGUUGGUUCUCUGUGUCAUUCGAUUUUCUGUGAAACUACAAAAGAAUUACUCAAACAUGAGGAUCGUUUUGUGUCUAGCAGCUCUCACAGCUGUCUACUGCUCAGACAGCCUCAAACACACACCACCCAAGGUUCAGGUGUACAGCCGUAACCCAGGAAAGUUUGGGGACGACAACACCCUGAUUUGCCAUGCGACUGGAUUCCACCCCCCUGACAUCAGCAUCCAGCUUUUAAAGAAUGGAGAAGAACUUCCUGGUGCUAAGCAGACUGACCUGGCCUUCAGACAGAACUGGCAAUUCCAUCUGACCAAAAGUGUGGCUUUCACACCCAUGACUGGACAAAAGUUCUCCUGCAAGAUCACUCAUGGGGGCACCAUAAAAGAUUAUGCCUGGGAACCAAACAUGUAGCCCGCCUGGCUUCAGCUACCGCUUCAGCUACCGCUUCAGUUGAAUCUAUUCUCCAAUCAACAGGAUCACAGUUUCUCUCAACAUUCUCACAAAAAAAUCACUGUUUUAUUAAAAGCAAUUUUUCUCUUUGUC